CAGACUCUCACUAUGACAGCAGGAAGAGUCCUUCAGGGGAACCAGACCCGGGAACCAGACCCAGAAACUCCCAAACCAGAGAGACAACACCACUGCUCCCACUGUGAAAAGAGUUUUCGCUGGUUAGGGAACCUAAAACGCCAUGAGAGGACACACACAGGAGAAAAGCCAUACCACUGCAUCCAAUGUGAACAGUUUUCCGGAUCAGGGGACGUAAAAGCUCAUGAGAGGACACACACAGAAGAAAAGCCUUUUCAAUGUUCCCAGUGUGGAAAGAGUUUUACCCUGUUAGCUAAUCUGAAAAGGCAUGAGAGAAUACACACAGGAGAAAAUCCUCAUCACUGUUCCCACUGUGGAAUGAGUUUUAUUCAGUCAAGGAGCCUGAAGGCACAUGAGUGGACACACACAGAAGAAAAGCCUUUCCAGGCUUCCCAGUGUAGAAAGAGUUUUACCCUGUUAGCUAACCUGAAAAGUCAUGAGAGAAUACACACAGGAGAAAAGCCUUACCACUGCUUCCAGUGUGAAAAGAGAUUUUCCCGAUCAGUGGACCUAAAAGCUCAUGAGUGGACACACACAGGAGAAGAACCUUUCCAUUGUUUCCAGUGUAGAAAGCGUUUUACCGUGUUAGCUAACCUGAAAAGGCAUGAGAGAAUACACACAGGAGAAAAGCCUCAUCACUGUUCCCACUGUGGAAUGAGUUUUAUUCAGUCAAGGAGCCUGAAGGAGCAUGAGUGGACACACACAGGAGAAAAGCCUUUCCAAUGUUCCCAGUGUGGAAAGAGUUUUAUUGUGUUAGGUAACCUAAAAAGACAUGAGAGAAUACACACAGGUGAAAAGCCUUUCCAAUGUUCCCAGUGUGGAAUGAGUUUUAUUGGUUGGGUUAAAUGCGGAAAAUACCCUUCAGUUGAAUGCAUUCAGUUGUACAACUGACUAAGUAUCUCCCUUUCCCAUUCCCUAUUAUAGAGCUCUGCUCAGCCUAUAAACAUGAAAGCAAGGUUAGAUUUUAUGUUGUACAUUGUAAUUAUAAUGGCAGCCACCAAGUUAUGAAAAUUAUGGUAUGUUCUGAAAACUGACUUCAGGUUUUUGAGGAAUCUAGCCUCGCAGGAAGACAGUUUUAUUUUAUGGAGGUUUAAUUCAGUUCUCUUUUUAGUAUUUAACUAAAUACCCUGUCUUUGGUAGGACAGGGACCAGACUUAUCACUGUUCCCACUGUGGAAUGAGUUCUAUUCAGUUAGGGAGCCGGAACGAGCAUGAUUGGACACACACAGGAGAAAAGCCUUACCACUGCUCCCAGCGUUAAAAACUGAUUUAAACGAGUAGGGGACCUUAAAGCUUAUGAGAGAUGACACACAGGAGAAAAGCCUUUCCAAUGCUCCCAGUGUGGAAAGAGUUUUAUCUGGUUUUAAGGAGCCUGAAGGAGCAUGAGAGAAUACACACUGAAAAAGCCCUGUCACUGCUCUUUCUCUGUGUGGAAGGGCAUUUUCCCAGUCAGAGAACCUGAAAUCACAUGAGAGAAUAGAAAGGCUAUAUUCUGACUUAUAUUUUUGAUUGAGAAUUUGUGUUUUUGUUUUGUGCCACAUUAAAUCAUAUU